CUCCCUUUCCUUCCAUCGACUCCUUCGUCCCCUCCCCCACCACUGCCGCGAGGUGCGAACCCGAUCUCGAUCCCCAUGGCGGCGGCCGCGCUCACCUCCUCGCGGCGAGCCCUCCACACCAUCCACCGCCACCUCCUCCUCCGCUCCACCCCCACCCCCGGCAUGUACGCACGUGCAAGGUUCACCAUAAAUCCUGACAAGGUUUACAGGAUUGCAAUGACAAAGCUCAAUACAUCUGCUGCAAUCCUUGAAGUGAUGGGUGCACCCUUAGCUGGCACUGAUGUCAGAGCAUAUGUUAUGUCUGGUGGAGGCCCUAAACUAAAGGACUUCAAAUUUAGGGUUGGUGGCAAACGGUGCUUUCUUAUCUUCCCCAUCAAAGGAUCAGAAAGAAAGGGUCUUGUAAGUGUUGAGGUCAAGAAGAAAAAAGGACAGUAUGACAUGAAGCUGCUUGCUGUUGACAUACCGAUGGCGACAGGCCCUGACCAGCGGCUAUUCCUUGUCGGCGACGAGCAGGAGUACAAGGUUGGUGGAGGUUUGAUAUCCGAGCUGCGGGAUCCUAUAGUGAAGGCUAUGGCUGCAGAAAAGGAGUUUGAUUAUCUUGAUGAAAGAGAGGACGCGGAGGAUGAGCGCAGGGAGCGAGAGGAGGCCGAGGAAGAGGCGGCCGAAGCGUUGAGGCGAGAGGAGGACAGAUUACGCGAGGAGGCGAAAGAGAGGCAGCGGCGAGAAGCUGAGAAUCUUGAGAAAGGCAGCUGACCCAAUUGACCACACCGUUUUUUUCUUUGUGUUGUGCAUUUCUCCACUUUACCUCCUCACUCUUACAAUGCGUAGCGAUCAGCAUUUUCGCGGCGACGGAAAGAUUGCAUCUGAGUUUCAGAAAGGUGGUUUCGCCUUUCACAGCGUGUCGAUAGGGUAAUAAAUUUUGGCUGCCCCUCAAAAUGGUUUACUCCGGAGCGCAUUGUGUAAUUUAGUGGCUGCGUGAAUGAAUGAUGGCUGUAGCCUUCCCAUUUUGGUGCCUACUGUACGCUUGCGGUGCUUUCGGAUGCUUUGAGCUA